AGAAAGAGAGUUGAAAUAACAAGGCGAUCAAUUAAUGAGAAGAAAUACGCAGAGACAUUAUUAACCUUAAUCUUCAUCCUCUUGGGGGAGUUCUCUUCUCCUCUUUCCUCUCUUUAUAUCUGCACACAGAGAGAGCUCUUCUGAACCAUGAAUGAUCCUCCUCCUCCUCCUCCUCCUCCUCCUAUUAAUCUCUUGCUGUAAUUCAUCUUCUUGAUCUUCUAGAGGUGCUAAUGAGCGAUCCUCUUGUGGUUGUGGAUCAUGAGUAGCUCAGAGAUUCCAGGAGCAAAGGGCGUCUGUUACCGAGUCUACGACAGAGGUUGACGGCGUGCAGCAGUGGAGAUUCACCUCUCUGUUCUGAUCGAUGCGUCUGAUGAUGGGGAAGGUGGAGAGCAAGGCGAAGGGGUUGGUGCGGAAGACGCUGGAGCGGUGGCGGAGCAAGAGCCGGAGGCGGGGGGCGGCGGUGCCGCCUGAGGGGUGGUUGGCGGUGCCGCCUGAGGGGUGGUUGGCGGUGCGCGUUGGCGCGGCGAAGGAGCGGUUUGCGGUGCGCGCCGAGUGGCUGAACCACCCGCUGUUCAGAGGGCUGCUGGCUGAGGCGGAGACGGAGUUGCGUCGAGCUGUUUCGGGAGGUGCUGCGGGAGUUGGAGCGGGAGGAGGCGGAGGAGCGACUGUGGUCUCCCCGGUGCAGCUUCGCCGUCGGCAACGCGGCUAGAGAAUUCUUCUUCCUGAGCCCGGCCCGGCCCGAUCCGUGAACCGGAUUGUUUGAAUUAUGUGGUUACCCAGGAUUGAAUGAGAGCAUCCAAAUAUGAAUCACUAAUAUUUUAAGGGUUGAUCUUUAAAUAUGCAAAAUUUGUACUUCUAAUUUACUC